AUGAUCGCAGAUCUAAAUUCCACCCGUUCUCCAGGCGCGGGUGGUUCGGAAGACUAUGGCAAGCGACGAUCAACCUUUUUACACCGCGCGAGCGCCACUCGGACAGCAGUUCCAGCGCUAAUUUCUCUGGCGGUAGAACUGAUAAAACCGGCGCUGUACGCCAACUCCCGCGACCGUGUAAAGGUCUACGGGAAGCGAUCUCCUGAGUUCACCACAUCCAGUGGUGUCCAACAGGGUUGUCCUCUUUCACCUUUCCUCUUCAACUUUGUGACUGAUACGAUCAUGGAAGACUCACUAUCAGCCUCUAAUGCCUGUGGGGUCGAAGUGCUCCCUGGGCCUCCGCUCACAGAUAUCGAGUACGCAGACGACUUAGCUCUUCUGGUAUUUGAUCCCGUGUGUUUGACCAUCGACGUCUUCGGAGCAAUGCCCGAAUCUGGUGGGAACACCGGAUCAGCAAUUCUGAAUCGUUUUUCACUGGGCACCAAAGUUUCGUUAAUUACGGUUGCACAGUAUCGUUAUGAAGGCGUGGUGGCUGAAAUCAAUUCAGUCGAAGGAACCUUGACAUUAAAUGAUGCACGAUUUUGGGGAACCGAGAAUCGCAUAGCUGGAAGCCAGACUACCACUCAACAUGGAGACAAUAAGCCACCCCCAGUCGGCUCAACUUUUGAUUCCAUUACGUUCUGGAUGUCCAGUAUUGUGCAAAUGUGGUCAGUGGAGGAAAAUAAAAUGGACCGUAACAACUUGGGUGAUAAAGCGGUGGUAAAGGCGGGAUUAGCUGUGGAUACGAGUAGAAAUAGAACCAGACGCCCUAGGCACUGGUGGCCAUCGGCUGGUGAUCAACAGCGACCGGGUAUGCGUGGGAGCCCCUCGGUUGUCAUGGACAAUAUGAAUGGAAUUCCCGUGCAAGUGGGUCGUUACGUAAAUCCUCCGAUUCAGCCGAUGAUGUCUAAUCCGUCACGAAGACUUGUUUCAUAUCCGCGUCGAAGCCGAACUGCACUCAUGCCACCGAGACAGCCAAACUAUGUCCCAGUCUUUCCGGUCAUGGCAAGUCCUGGUGGUGUAUAUCGACCAGCAUACAGAACCACUAUGCGUGGGCCACCCUACCGGACCUUAGCAACGCCUAUUUCCAAUGGGACCAGUGUUCCGAGGAUAACAGUAAGAAAACCCGGUCCACCAAUGCGUCGAAUGGUCCCAAAUGGAGAUGACCGGCGGUAUAACCCUAUUCGCGGUUUGAAUAACAGUGGAGGGAUGCUUGUAUAUCUACCGCCUGAAAUGGCCGCUGCCUACCAAUCGCAAGGCACCAACCUUGUAUUAGCAAGAGCUCCGAUGGGUAGAAGGAGGCUCAUCGAACGCAGAACUGCUUCACGGGCCCCAGGGGGUAUAGAACCAGAUAUAGACUGUACCACCCCAUACGAUUUUGAAACUGCCAAUGCUGAACUAGAAGCUGAACUAGCGAAAAUCACGAUAAACGCUGACGGGGCUUCUACGGUCAUUGGUGGGCAGCCACAGCAGGCGGAAGCAAACGGUGGUGCGCAAGUUGGCAGUAAUGCAGCCUCCUCAACUGGAGAUGGACUGAAUGCUGACAUCCGUUCUCCGUCAUCCACCGUCUCUGGAGGAGCUGUACCCAACGCAGCCGGAAACGGAGCAUCCGGCGAUUCAUCCCUUGGAGCUGUGACCUCAUCUAUGACAGAUACUGGCAUCACCAAUGCACAGACAUCAACAGAAGGGACUGGACUGCUGGCCAAAGGUGAAUACUACGUCCGAGAGAAGUGCUUUUUCGAUCAGAUUAGCCGAUCGGAAACCGGACCCCGAGGACCUUUUGGGAACAGCACAGGACGUGCAACAUAUAAUUCGGUGUUGCACAGGUGCGACCAAAUCAACAGCUACAACUCAGGCUCUGGUUUAGGAACCAGUUCAGUAGCGGCCGCUCGACGUGAACGACAACUCAAUAUGGAAACUUUUGGCUCAAUGGCUGCACAAGCGACAUUUGCACCUCGACGAAGACCACCACGAGAAUUUCUGGUGUCUGCAUCCGCCUGAUUUGGAGUUUUGACAUGGAUUUCGCAGACGAAACCCAGUUGACCGAAUUCUUUAACAACAUUCCUGAUGAAUGCAAGGCCUAAAAUUUUGGUGUCAUGCUGUUCACAUUCCCAAAUUUGCACUUUGUUUCUUGGCGGUCCGUUUCUGAACCUUGAAAAUAUGGUCAAGACACAAAUGUAUCAGGUUCCAUUUUGUUUGUAUUUGUGGUUCUGUCAAACAGUCGAUUUGCGGU